CUUUUUUCUCUUUUACAACUACUGUUACUCCUCCUUUUUCAUACAAGUUGUGUAUUAUUUUCCCUUCUAUCCGUUAUUAUUUUAAGCAAAAAGAUUAUUUUCAAAAAUGGCACAUGGUCCAAUGUUUGGAAUGAAAAUAACAGGUGGUAACAAUGAUCGUACCACGGUUCAUGAAGAAGCAGCAAAAGAUGGUAGAACAGGUCAAGACAUCACAUUUAAGUAUACAACCUAUAAAGUAGCCGGUAAUGGCUCCUUUGGUGUGGUGUAUCAAGCCAAGGUAGUAGAAACAGGUGAAAGUGUUGCUAUCAAGAAAGUAUUCCAGGAUAGACGUUUCAAAAACCGAGAAUUGCAAAUUAUGCGUUGUGUUUGGCAUCCUAAUGUGGUUGCUUUAAAAGCUUUCUUUUAUAGCUACGAUGAAGUGAAGAAAGAUGAUCUCUACUUGAAUUUGGUACUCGAAUAUAUACCAGAAACUUUGUACCGAACCUCUCGUAACUAUGCAAAAGCAAGACAGCCUGUACCUAUGUUUUAUGUGAAGCUUUACACAUACCAGUUGAUGCGCGCUCUUGCUUAUAUUCACUCACUUGGUAUAUGUCAUCGUGAUAUUAAGCCUCAAAAUCUACUGAUCGAUCCAAACUCUGGUGUGCUCAAGUUGUGUGAUUUUGGAAGUGCAAAGGCGCUUCAUGCAGGAGAACCUAAUGUAUCUUAUAUCUGCUCCCGUUAUUACAGAGCACCCGAACUUAUCUUUGGUGCCACGAAUUACACAUGCAGUAUUGACGUAUGGUCUGCAGGCUGCGUAAUGGCAGAAUUGAUGUUAUGUCAACCUUUAUUUCCGGGAGAGAGUGCUAUUGAUCAACUGGUGGAGAUUAUUAAAGUAUUAGGGACACCUACCAAAGAACAGCUAUUAGCCAUGAACCCAUCUUAUACAGAACAUCGCUUCCCUCAAAUCAAACCUCAUCCUUUCUCUAAGGUAUUCCGUCCACGCACACCUGAUGAUGCAAUAGCCUUUAUCACCAAGACCCUACAGUACGAACCUCUGAAACGUCUUACAGCAUUCCAGUCAUUAGCUGAUCCAUUUUUUGAUGAGCUUCGAGAGCCUAAUAAAAAGAUGUUGAAUGGAAAGGACUUGCCAGAAUUAUUCAACUUCACUCGUCACGAAUUAUCGAUACAACCUGAUUUGAUUUCAAAGCUAGUCCCACCUCAUGCAGAACCUGAACUAUUAGCAAAUGGCAUUGACGUUCAUAAUUUCGUUCCUAUAUCUCCAGAAGAGAUGAGAAAUGUUGAUGUACCUCGUUAGAUCUUUCUUUAAUACGUUCUCUUUUUUUUCGCUUUAUUCUAACUUUGUUAAAUAUAUUUUAUAAAUAUACUCUAUAUACUCACAUUUAUAAAUAUGCACCUGCCCUCUUUCACUCACUCACUCACAUAUACACCUCCUCCUUCUCUCUAUUCUACUUUUUUAAUAAACAAAUAUAUAAAAAAUAAAUAAUAAAAGUCUAUCAGGUAGUCAUGAGAUUAUGUGUGCCAUAAUGAGCGACA